AUGCUGAUGUAGAUUACAAAAAACUUUCGAAAAUUUGAUAUUUUUGGUUAAUAAAUACGGCUGAAAGCAUCAGGCUAAUCUGUUUUUCAAACUUAGAUUGGAGCAUUAAUGACUUUAUUAUUAUUUAGUAUUCUUAUCUAUUCAGGUAGUUUAUUUAUUAUUGAAAUGAACAAAGGGAAAAAUGCAAUUAUGAAUUCUUAAGAUGCUGUCAUACAAAAUAAUGAGGUAUUUGUUUAAAAUAUUAAUAUUUAGGGCUUUAGUUUUAAUUCCACUGAAUUGAUUUUUUCAGCUGGAUUGCUUGAUAUUUUGGGUUAACCUAUUCCAAAUGAAGACAACAGAAUAUUUAAGAUUGGAUUUUAUGUUUGCAAUAAAUCAUUAAAUGAAACAGAAUGUGUAGUCAUACCAGGUACUAUUUGUGGUGAAAGAAUAAGAGAAGCAUCUAAAGUAACAAAUAUAUAAAUUAAAUUAGAAAUUAAAUAUAGCCAGCGUAUAUGAAAAUAUGACUUAUUGUUUGAGUGAUUAGUACAUUCAAGAGAAUCCUAUCAUCAGAAUUUAAGGAUCAAAUCGUUAUGAUAAUUUUACUUUAUUUGGAGCAUUAAUUGAAAGAUGUGCAAACAACUCUGAAGUUUCAAGUAUUAUAUUUAAUAAUUUUAGAUUGUGCAUCUCAAGAAGAAAUUGAUAAAUAUAUAACAAAUGGCAACCUUUAUUAUUCAUAUUCUUUCCAUUAACUAAAUAAAGAAUCAGAAGAUUCUCCAUAUUAAAAGACUGAAAAUAUAGAUUUAACAUCUCUUUAUUACAAUGUUGGUAAAUACAUUAAAAUUUAUUUGCAAUAUUCAUAAAGUUUUCUUGAAUACAAUCCAUUCUAUUUUUUUCCUUAAAUAGAAUAUCAUGAAGGAGUUGAAUAUUAAAAAACAAUCACUGAUAGUGUGCUUUAUUUCUAAGAUGCUACUACAUUAGCUAGAAUUGAAGUUCAUUUAGAUGCUAAAAAAAAAGUUUGUUCUAUUACAUAUUAAACUUUAAUGGAUGUAGCUGCCAAAAUAGGAGGCUUAUUUACAAUUAUUAGAGCUUUAAUAGACAUAGCAAUAUUUCCAUUAUAAUCUAUUCUAUAUAGGCUUUUUCUAAUCAAUUUUUUAGUCAAUCAUUAGACUAAAGGUCAUUAAAAAGAUCAUUAACUGUAAGAAGGUAAAAAGAAAGAAAUUAAUAUAUUUUAACUAAUUAUUUCUUCAGGAUAAAGAGGCUUUUUUAAUCAAUAAUCUUAAUUGAUAAAUAAAUAUUUGGAUGUAAGAUAAAUUUUAAUACAUCCCCUUCAAUUUUCAUAAAAAAUAGAGGAUUUAUAGGAAUCUGUAAAGAAAAUGGAUAUCCUAAGCUCUAGAUAAAUUAAAAUGAUAAGUAAAUAGGAAAUGGAUGAAUUAAUUUUAUAAAGUAAUCAAGAAGAAUGUCUAGAUUACAAAUGUUUAAGUUAUGGAACUAUUAAUUCAGAAAAUAAAAUAAGGAAUUAAGAUAAGUAUAUCAUUCCUAAAUUGUAGGUGCAGAUUCAUUGA